GCUGAGAGGAUUUCAGCUCUCAGCUCAAACCGCGAUGAGUUUAUUCAGAAUUCAUCUCAUUUUCUGCCUGUUCGGGUUCAUAAUUGUGCUCAGUGACACGCAGCAGGCCGAGGCGCAGCACUGUAUCUGGUAUGGAGAGUGUGGAAACUCGACAAUCCUCCCGGAGAAGAAGUACAACUGUAACUACACGGGGCCUCCCAAACCUCUACCUAAGGAUGGACAAGAUCUAUUAAUGGAACUUUGCCCAGGUUUGGCUUACGGUGACCAGCGCGUCUGCUGUGACACCAACCAGCUGAACACACUGAAAGGAAACAUCCAGCUUCCUUUACAGUACCUGUCCAGGUGUCCGGCGUGCUUCUUUAACUUCAUGACGUUGUUCUGUGAGCUGACCUGCAGCCCGCGCCAGAGUGAGUUCCUCGGCGUCACAGAAUUCAACGGCACCAACGUGGUCAAGCUCUCGUACUACAUCAACCAGACCUUUGCCGACGCUAUGUACAAUGCGUGCAUGGACGUUCAGGCUCCUUCCAGUAACGUUAAGGCUCUCAGCCUGCUGUGUGGUAGAGAUGCCAGUGCCUGCACCCCCACCAACUGGAUUCAGUACAUGUUCGACAUUAACAAUGGCCAGGUUCCCUUUGAAAUUACUCCUUUGUUCUCAGGUGAUCCGGGCUCAGUGAUGACCCCCAUGAAUAACCACACGUUCGGCUGCACCGAGUCUCUGGACGACGGCUCGGGACCGUGCUCGUGUCAGGACUGCAGUGGCGCCUGUGGGCCCUCACCUGUCCCUCCACCCAUUCCCCCUCCGUGGAGCAUCCUGGGCUAUGACGCCAUGUAUGUCAUCAUGUGCAUUUCCUACUGCGCCUUCAUCCUGGUCUUGGUCUGCGCUCUGCUCGUGGCAUAUGUCUGGCGAAAGAGGACCAUCACAUCUGAAUACGGCCCCAUUCAAGACGCCAACCAGCCCCUUUCACUAAACAAAGACUCCUCACAAUCAUUCACAGGUGAAGUGACGUGCAGCGAGUCUCUGGGCGAGCGUUUCGAGAGCUUCCUCCGUCACCUCUUCAGCUGCUGGGGUUCGUUCUGCGUCCGGCGGCCCUGCCUGGUGAUCUUCACGAGCGUGGUGCUGGUGGCGAUCUGCUGCUCGGGUCUGCAAUACAUGCGCAUCACCACCGACCCCGUGGAGCUGUGGUCGGCACCUCACAGCCGCGCCAGACAGGAGAAGCGGUACUUCGACCAGCACUUCGGGCCGUUUUUCCGCACGGAGCAGCUCAUCAUCACCACGCCGCGGACGGACUGGUUCGUGUUCCCGUCCCAGACGGGGCAGGACAUUCCCUUCUCUCCCAUUCUGAACAUAUCUCUGCUGCAUCAGGUUCUAGACCUCCAGACAGACAUCGAGCACCUAGAGGCCGAGUACAAUGGCCAGAAAGUGACCCUAAAAGACAUCUGCAUCUCCCCUCUUGCCCCCUACAACAACAACUGUACCAUUCUGAGCGUGCUCAAUUACUUCCAGAACAGCCAUGAAGUGCUGGACCACACGUUUGCCGACGAGUUUUACGUUUACAACGAUUACCACACACACUUCCUGUACUGUGUGAGUUCCCCAGUAGCCCUUGAUGAUACUGGACAUUUCCACGACCCCUGCAUGGGCACGUUCGGAGGCCCCGUGUUUCCCUGGUUGGCCCUUGGAGGCUACGAAGGUACAGCGUAUAACAACGCCACCGCUCUGGUCAUCACCUUUCCCGUCAGUAACUACCUCAAUGACACGGAGAAGCUGGGCAGAGCUCUGGCCUGGGAGAAAGCAUUCAUCAGCUUCGUGAAGAACUACAGCAACCCCGACCUCAUCAUCUCCUUCAACUCGGAACGCAGCAUCGAGGACGAGAUCAACCGCGAAAGCAACGGCGACAUCGCCACCGUCCUGAUCAGCUACGCCAUCAUGUUCAUUUACAUCUCUCUGGCUCUGGGCCACAUCAGGAGCUUCCGCAGCCUGCUGGUCGACUCCAAGAUUUCCCUGGGCAUCGCCGGUAUUCUGAUCGUGCUCAGCUCGGUGGCCUGCUCCCUGGGCAUCUUCAGCUACGCCGGAGUCCCCCUCACUCUCAUAGUCAUCGAGGUCAUCCCCUUCCUCGUGCUGGCCGUGGGAGUGGACAAUAUCUUCAUCAUCGUGCAGACCUACCAGAGAGACGAGCGGAUGCAGCACGAGGAGCUUCACCAGCAGAUAGGCCGUAUCCUAGGAGACGUGGCCCCCAGCAUGUUUCUCUCCUCCCUGUCCGAGACGGUGGCCUUCUUCCUAGGGGCUCUGUCUCACAUGCCGGCAGUGAGGACGUUCUCGCUCUUCGCAGGCUUGGCUAUCUUCAUCGACUUCCUGUUGCAGAUCAGUUGCUUCGUGUCCCUGCUGGGUCUGGACCUCAAGAGACAAGAGAAAAAUCGAAUGGACAUUUUGUGCUGCAUCAAGCUUCCUGACGGACAAGAGACAAAGUCUGACAGCGCCCUGUUUCGCUUCUUCCACAAAGUCUAUGCUCCCUUUCUUAUGAAGGAUUGGGUGCGCCCCCUAGUGGUUGCUGUGUUUGUGGGAAUACUCUCAUUCAGCAUCGCGGUCACUGAUAAAGUAGACAUCGGACUUGACCAGAGACUCUCCAUGCCCGACGAUUCAUAUGUGCUGAACUAUUUCGGUAAUCUGACCGAAUACCUGCACACGGGGCCUCCCGUGUACUUCGUAGUGGAGGACGGACACGAUUACCGAACCUCGGAGGGACAGAACCGAGUGUGCGGUGGGGUGGGCUGCAACAACGACUCGCUCAUCCAGCAGAUCUACACCGCCUCCCUCAUGAGUGACUACUCGAAGAUUAGCACGACCCCGUCCUCGUGGUUGGACGAUUACUUCGACUGGGUGAAACCGCAGUCGUCCUGCUGCAGAUACUACAACGCCACCGGAGCCUUCUGCAACGCCUCAGUGGUGGAUCCAUCCUGUGUGCACUGCAGGCAUAUGACUCCCAGUGGCAAACUGAGGCCUAAUGGCACAGAGUUCAUGAGAUUCCUGCCCAUGUUUUUGUCUGAUAACCCCAACAUCAAGUGUGGCAAAGGAGGUCAUGCUGCCUACAGCACCGCCGUGGUCCUGAAGAACAACGACGCAGACGUGGGGGCCGCACACUUCAUGAGCUACCACACCAUCCUGAAGAACUCCUCGGACAGCAUCAGCGCGAUGAAGAUGGCACGCGAGCUGGCAAAAAACAUCUCGGUGUCCGUGGGGCCUGAGAACAAGACCUACAGCGUCUUUCCUUACAGCGUGUUCUACGUGUUCUACGAGCAGUACCUCACCAUCGCCCACGACACGGCCCUCAACCUCGGCGUGUCCCUGUCGGCCAUCUUCGCCGUGAGCGCGGUGCUCCUGGGAUUCGAUCUCUGCUCGGCCAUGCUGGUCUGUCUGACCAUCGCCAUGAUCCUGGUCAACAUGUUUGGAGUGAUGUGGCUGUGGGGCAUCAGCCUCAACGCCGUCUCGCUCGUCAACCUGGUCAUGAGCUGUGGAAUAUCAGUGGAGUUCUGCAGCCACAUCGUAAGGGCGUUCUCCAUCAGCACUAAGGGGACGCGGGUGGAGAGAGCUGAGGAGGCCCUGGCACACAUGGGCAGCUCGGUGUUCAGUGGCAUCACGCUCACCAAGUUUGGAGGAAUUCUCGUCCUGGCUUUCUCCAAGUCCCAGAUCUUCCAGGUCUUCUACUUCCGCAUGUAUCUAGCCAUCGUGCUCCUGGGAGCGACCCAUGGUCUGAUCUUCCUACCUGUGCUCCUGAGUUACAUAGGUCCGUCUGUUAAUAAAGCCAAAGUCCUGGCGGCAAGAAGCAGGUUCGCCAACACGGAGCGAGAGCAUCUACUCUCAAACUAACGGUUCGGGGAAGCUGAUACCCAUCAACACGGACUGUCAGGGUCCAGCAGCAUCUCGCACGCUAACACAAACGCACACUUUAACUAAGAGACCCCGAACUCAGGAGCUUCUUCACCUGGGACAACUAAGAGCACUGUGGGAUCAUGGGAGUUCCUUCUGAUCUGGGAUUUCUGUGGUACGACUGGACUGGGACUGUGAUCGAAAUGGCAUUCAUUUUUACGGGGGCGCAACCAAGGGUGGAUUUAGGAAUCCAAGUCUUCCUAUGCAAGGAUAUAAGCUGAUUUUAUACGUCAGUCUGAGGAAUUUGUGAAUUAAUAAUAAUAUGUAAAAACGAUGUAAAAUUUAUAUAUUUAUUUAGCCUGAAGUUAUUUUCUCACCAAAUAAAUCAGUACAAAUGAAGGGCGUACAAAUAAACAACCUCGCUGUUAAUAUUAUAAACCUUUUGUUAAACCUUGAAGCUUUCUUAAUGCACGUUGAGAUGUAAACUAGUCACCAUGUCUUUUCUUAGCUAUAUGAUUCACUUAGAUUGUUUUUGUUUUCUUAACCGUUGUGUUUACUCAUUACACGGGUGUAGCUUCACGGUAUCAAAAGGAAAUACUAAGGGAAUAAAGGAAAAUCUUCAGCUAGGUUCAGGUUAGGUCCUAAAUCGUGAAGGAUUUGGGUCGAUAAGCGUCUUACUUUGUACCUUUGCACUGGAAGAGCAGAAUAAAAGCUGUAGAUCAGGAUUCAGAGCUCAGGAUCUGUCCUGUUCAGGUCAGUCACCAAGUCGUACCUCAGUAAUAGAAACAGUUUUGAAGUGCUAGGUUUGCAUUUAUUGUAUUGAAUUGGAUGAAUGAAAUUGUGAAGCAUGUAGGACACGGACAGACUGAUUAAUUAAGAUGAAGAAUUUAGCACAAGCAUCAGUAAGAACAAUUUUUAGAUGUUGGAACAUGUUACUGUCAUCACAGCGAGGGUGAGAUUUGUGUGUUGUUUUUUUUAACUGUUUUAAAGUUACUAUAUGAAAAAUAGAGAUUUACUGAAUUGUUCCAAACUGCAUUUCACAGCCGUGUCAAUAAUGCUGUUUAAUAUUUGUAAGAAAAUAUAUAAUGUUUGAAUAUUUGCAAUAAAAUACUUCUACUAAUUUGUAA